AGGCGGUGUAAAGAUCCAGACGGAGAUAGCUUUUUAGGGUUCCGCAGAUUUGUCCACUACUCUGGUUUCCUUUUGUGUCAGUUCUAAGAUUCGAUUUGGAUGAAAUUGGUAUCAAAGUUACUGGACAUUUUUUCCCACUCAAAUUGCCCCAAGAAUCGGCUUAAUCGUUGUUCCUAAGCGAGCAACACAAAGUCGAUGAUCGUCUGCAUUCCAUGGACCAGCCUUUGGUGCAAUCCACUCCUUCCAUCGAAGAAGAUGAGUGGGACACUGAGGGAUUUGUAAUUCCAAGCUUGGGGAUUGGAGAUUCUGGAGAAAGUCGAAGUGAUCCUGUUACAGAUUCUAAACAGUCAUCAGUUACUCAAUCAAAAGAAGAGAAUAUAUACCUUGGACCUCACGGUGCUCCUCCUUCACGAUCAAAACAACAGGAGCAAAACUCAACCAAACGCAAGCAGAGUUUUAAGCAGAAACUGAAGGAAGCUGAUAGGAAACACAGUGGAGUUGGGCGGGAGAAUAAGGUGGAAAAUCUAAGAGAGCUUGUGGGUGGUGGAAAAAUGCCUGGUGCAUCAAAAAGCUCCUGCAAGGAUUGGCUAGAUCCUCAUUGCCAUGAGUCUGAGUUUGAAAGGAGAGAUCAUCAGUAAUUGGUGAGAUAUCUAUUGUCCUUGAGAUAUUGAAUUGGUUAACAGUGAUCCAAUAAGCUUAUUAGGCCCCUCUAUAUCCGACUUUGUUUUGCAUACAGGGCGCUGGGGGCAUGUCACCCACCAGCAUGUUUGUGUAUUUGUUAAAUGAUUCCCCCGUUGAACUUGUUUGGGGGGUUAAUUAUACAGUGGAUAUGUUUUGUUUAAAUCUUUCU